CUAGCGUAUUGACGGUAUAUUGACUCAUUUCCCGCGGAAUACACCGCCGUGAUAUUCCGCGUCUUUACGCUGUGUAGGCCAGCACCAUCUCGUCGCCGAAGUAUUUUCUGGCGCCGGGGUAAAAAGCAUUCCAGUGACGCAACGAGACUGUUUCCAACUUGACUAGUCCGCGGAGCUACUGCCGAGCCACAGCUCUCUCAGCGCCACCAGUCGCAUCUGAAAUCAGCUUUCUUUUAAAUGCCUCUUCCCUGGAGUGACCUCUCCAUCUUCAGCCCCUCCACCAUCCAGCCAGUCUUCAAGCCUUCAAGCCAUGUACAUCUUCGUAUCCAGCCCUUCUCAGCUUCCCCACGUCGCACCAAUGCCCUGCCUCGCAAGGAACAUGCUCGCCGCCAACAUCUUCUCCAUCGAAGGUCUCGUCACGGAACUUGGUAAUGAUCCGGACGCGAAAGCCAGCCGCACGAUUCCUGCCAAGAUCAUGCAGAUCCAGACCGCCCUUGGCGAUUUCAAGAGCAAGGUGAUGGACCCAUCGCCAACGCUUCUUACGGAGACUAGCGAAGCACGAAGGGCCCGCAUUAUGGCGGGAGUCAUGGAAAGAGCUGGGGAGAGUGACACUACCAAUGCCCACCAAUCCUUCCAUUGGUCGUUGGCCGUCAGCAGCAUUUCCCUCGCCAGCAUGGCCAAUGCUGUCUCUUCGACUAGUAUCAGCGCAGUCGCUAGUCCCAGUCUCGUAAGCAUGAAGCAGGAUGCAACGACGACUCCCGCGGAACAGCCGGCGAGCCCUAGCCUCGGCAAGACACAGAAUGGCUCUACGACUACCAACGUUUCCGAUGACGCUGCCCAUGUUGGCAUCGACAGCUUGGUCAAGCCACCAUCAGCUCUCCCAGCUUCCUUUCCAGACGUCGCUUUGAUCACCGAGGAGUCUAGCAAGAACGUCAACGCUUCUAUGUCAAGCAUCGCUGUCAACGACCUCAUCCCUUCGGAGACACAGUCAUCCUACCAAUCCUGCAACACGCGAUUUGAGGACGUCUCUUAUGACGGCGAGGAAGAGUAUGGCGAGGAUUCAUACGUGGAAUCGCAGUGGUCUGGUUUCGGGAUCGACGACAAGCUAGUUAUUAAUCUCUGUACUGGGAACGCUGAAGACGAGACGCCAGGGAAGGUUGCAUCAUGCUUCCUUUACGCCUCUAAGUCGGAGUCUGCCAUCUCUUCCCAGACCCGUGAAAAUUCGGCAGCAAUUAGCAUCUCGGUCUCCACUUCAUUCCUCUAUGCCAGCAGUUCCCCCACCAGAGCACCCGCACCCGAUGUCAUUCUCGCUUGGGUGAAACAAGCUGCUUCACUCGAGGUCAGAUUCAAGCACCACGCGCAUAUCGUCCAGUGCACGUCGAUCAAGUCAUUCCAUGGCGAGCUUCAUCUGGCAGAGGAAGGCGGUUUGCCGCUGUUCAAUGUAGACAACAUUCUCCCGGUCGCGUCCAAGAAACGCAUUGCCAUCAUGUCCUUCUCGAAGUCGGCUCCGUGUAUGUCACUCACUCCGCCUGCGUCGUACGGCGAUCUUCCGACAUCGCGUUCGGACCCUACUGGCCUCUCGCUCCAGAUUUCGGUCACACUCGAGCUUCUCCCGAGCGCUACUUCUCGUAAUGAAGACAACACAAAGAGGGCUUCGAGUGUCCUUCCGAGCAGACAUUCCCCCGAACGCCCACAUUCGUCAGUGCACACCGACAUUUUCACACCCGAUGUCGUCGAGGAUGCCGCCGACAAGUCAAAGGUCGAAUCUCCAGCUCCGGACGCUACGCCUGCCAAGUCGACUAUAGUUGCAGCAUCCAACCCGGCCACCAUCACACCAUCGACCCUUGGCCUUUCGUUCAUGACCUUCAACUCUCCCAUAUCCCCUUUCAACGCAACGUCUUCUACCCAAUCAACACCUUCAGCUCCGUCUUCGCCCCCGCCCACUACGCCAUCGCCGGCUCUCAAGCGUUCUAUCAAGCCCCUGAUCUUUGCCAGGACACUUAAUGCCGAUGCUUCACCACGUUCGCCAAGCUCCUUCUUCAAGUUCAAGUCGGAAUCCAUACGAUCGUUCUUCAGCCCUUCUUCGUCCACGAAGACCGACAUUACCCGCACCAAGUCCGGAAGAGUCUCCUCGUUGCGCUCGCUCUUCACGCCGAGCAAGGCCAAAGAUACUCUGUUUUCACCGGUAGAUGCUCCUCGCUGGUCCGCCGACUCGGGCUGUUCCUCGCCCUCAAGUUGCUCGUCUCCGGAGACUCCCGUUAACCGCGCCCGCGCCCGCUCUCGCCUCAUUCUAUCCCGAAACAAGCCUACUUUAUCUUCGAAGCUUCCCUUCUUCAAGCGAUCUGUUGUUCGCAGUUGAUAUUGUUCUCAUCUCCAGCUAGUCUGGCCCCUUUUAUUUUAU